AUGCCGCCCACCCUCUCAUCCCUUCCCAUCGCAUUUAGGGUCGUCGUUGUAUCCCUUCCCCAUUGCCUCGUUAGGUCGCUCACGCUCUCCCCAUUACCACCUCCUCUACUCCUACCAUCGCCCAUGGUUACCACCCCACCCUUGCACCCUUAUUUCCUUCUCUCUCAUUCUCCCUCCCCAUCAGCCUCUCACCCACCCUGGGCGGGGAGGUAUGGCGGGCUGGGCUGGGAGCUGGAGAAGGGGUGGUGGUGCGGCUUUGGAGCAGAGUGUUUGGCGCACAGCCCCACAGGCGCGUGCAGGCGGGCAGCAAGGAGUGCAGUGCUGCAGGGGGCGGGUCAGGGGAGCGGGGGAGGCGGGGCAGGGGAGGCGGGGGUUAGGGAGAGAGGGUGCAGGGAUCCUCCUAUCCCCCGUUCCACCCUUAUACCCUGCCACACUUUUACCUCCUGCCCUCCUCCCUUACUCCGUUCCGUCGUUCCCCCACAGUCGUCCUCCUCUCCCUCUCCCUUCCUCCCUUCCUCCAUCUCUCUGCCUCACUACCCUCUUUACCCUCUCUGUUGCCCGUCCUCCCUUCCUCCCAUCCUUCCUUCCUGCCAUUCUUCCUCUCCUCAUCCUCCAUCAAUCCAGCCCCCCGUCCCCCUUCCAUCUCCCACUCUCCCACUCCCUUCCUCACGCCAACCCUGCUCCUCCGUUCCACCCUUCUACCUUCCCCCUUGUACCCUGCCGCACUUUUUCCUCUCAUCCGCCCAUCAUCAAUCCGCCCAUCAUCUCAUCCGCCCAUCAUCUUAUCCGCCCAUCCUCUCAUCCGCCCAUCCUCUUAUCCGCCCAUCCUCUCAUCCGCCCAUCAUCUCAUCCGCCCAUCAUCUCAUCCGCCCAUCAUCUCAUCCGCCCAUCCUCUCAUCCGCACAUCCUCGCAUCCGCCCAUCCUCUCAUCCGCCCAUCCUCUCAUCCGCCCAUCAUCUCAUCCGCCCAUCAUCUCAUCCGCCCAUCCUCUCAUCCGCCCAUCAGCUCAUCCGCCCAUCCUCUCAUCUGCCCAUCCUCUCAUCCGCCCAACCUCGCAUCCGCCCAUCCUCUCAUCCGCCCAUCCUCUCAUCCGCCCAUCCUCUCAUCCGCCCGUCCUCUCAUCCGCCCAUCCGCCCAUCCUCGCAUCCAACCAUCCUCUCAUCCGCCCAUCCUCCCAUCCGCCCAUCAUCUCAUCCGCCCAUCCUCUCAUCCGCCCAUCAUCUCAUCCGCCCAUCCUCUCAUCCGCCCAUCCUCUCAUCCGCCCAUCCUCGCAUCCACCCAUCCUCUCAUCCGCCCAUCCUCUCAUCCGCCCAUCAUCUCAUCCGCCCAUCCUCUCAUCUGCCCAUCAUCUCAUCCGCCCAUCCUCUCCAUCCGCCCAUCCUCUCAUCCGCCCAUCCUCUCAUCCGCCCAUCCUCUCAUCCGCCCAUCAUCUCAUCCGCCCAUCCUCUCAUCCGCCCAUCCUCUCAUCCGCCCAUCAUCUCAUCCGCCCAUCAUCUCAUCCGCCCAUCCUCUCAUCCGCCCAUCAUCUCAUCCGCCCAUCCUCUCAUCCGCCCAUCAUCUCAUCCGCCCAUCCUCUCACCGUCGCCCACGUUUCUGCCUUAG